GAGAAAAAAAAUAUAAGUUCGUGGUCUGAGUAUCGCGCUAGAGAUGCACAACCACUGACAAGAGCAUUCAGGGAGGGUCGCUACUAUAGUAUAUACUUCAGCCGUAGGUUACAGACUUGAAAUCAUAGAAGCACGAUUGCACGAACUAAUAUCCCUAUAUACGUCCGUGAUAGAGAUUUGUGCGUAUGUCCGUGACUUCGGCCUUUGCUGGGAGACAAAUAUUUGAGAGUGAUGUCCCUUUCAAAAAAGCGGCUAAUGCAAAUGACGUUAGAAGCGACACUAAGUUUCGGAUAGAUAAGGAUAGUUUCCCCCUCUUGUCACAGUCUAUCGGUUUAAGUAAUGCCACCAAAGAAGAAAGAAACACCCUUGUAUCAAGAAGUGAAUUCCCAAAAAGAUUGGGAGAGUCUUUUGGAACAAAAGGGUCUUUUUGUGGUGGAUGUGUAUCAAGAGUGGAGUGGCCCAUGCAAUGCCUUGUCUGGACACUUCCGCCGUAUCAUGAUUGAACUAUCAGAUAAACUUUUACAGUUUGCUAUAGCAAAAGUAGACAACACAGAAGCACUAAAAGACUACAGAGGAAAGUGUGAACCAUGUUUUCUCUUUUACGCAGAAGGCAUGCUUGUGGCAUUUGUACAUGGUGCUAAUGUUCCCCUUAUCAUCAAUACCAUCAAAAAACAGCUGGACUUUGAGCACAAAGUUCUUGAAGGACUAGAAGUACGCAAGGAGGUACAAGAUGUAUUCAUCAUAGCAAAAUAUAGAAAGGAGAGGCAAGCUACAAGAGCUUCAAAAAUUGAAAUCAGAAUACUACAAACAGAAGAAACAGCUCCACAAAGUUUUACUGUUGCUAUCAUCAAACCAAAUGUUGUUGAGAACAGAAAAGUGAAUGACAUCUUUAUGGAACUGAAAGAACACAACAUUCACAUUAUGGUUGAAGAAGAACGACUUCUGACAGAAGAAGAAGCUAAGAUAUUCUAUGACUGCAAGAAGGAUGAGGCUUUCUUUGAAGACCUCAUAAAAUUCAUGACAAGUGGACCUUGCCAUGUGCUAGUCUUGACAAAAGAACAGAUAUUUGAUGAGGUUAUUUAUGACUGGCAACACCUUAUGGGACCUCCAAAUGUGGAAGAAGCAAAAGACAAGGCACCAAACAGCCUCCGGGCCAGGUAUGGAAAACAGGGUAUCAUGAAUGGGCUUCAUGGUUCAGAAAAUAGAAGGGCAGCUGCAAGAGAACUUGAUUUCUUUUUCCCUACCUUCAAGGUGCCUAUCAUCCAAGGAAAACGCGUUCAGCGCACUCUUGCAAUCCUUCGUCCUGACGUUUUUAACGAGAAGAAAGAUGAAGUACUGCAGACAAUCAAGGAGGCAGGCUUUCAGAUACCAUUGCAAAAAGUGGUACAUCUGACUGAAAAGCAGGCUGAAGAGUUUUAUUCAGAAUCUAAUUACCAGCCAUUCUUUGGGAAUCUAACCGAUUACAUGUCCAGCAACCCAAUAUUGGCACUGGUUCUAGCAAGGAGUGAUGCUAUAAACAGAUGGCAAAAUCUCCUAGGACCUCAGUCGUUGGAUGAGGCAAUGAUAGCGGCACCAGAAAGCCUACGAGCAAAGUAUGCCUUUGAUGGCAUUCCCUUCAACCAGCUCCAUGGAUCAGACUCUGAAGAAUCUGCCAAAAAAGAAAUUUGUUUCUUCUUUCCAACUGAAACAACACUUGCUGUUAUCAAGCCAGAUGCUUAUCCCCACAAAGUGAUACAUCAGUCUUCAUGGUAUUGGUUAGAGAAAUAGCAGUUGAAGGGUGGCGGGAAGAAAUUGGCCCCACCGAUCCAGAAAUUGCCCGGUUGGAAGCACCAAACUCCCUUCGAGCCAAGUUUGGGAAAGACAUUUUGCACAAUGGUUUUUAUGGCUGCACAACCAAAGAAGAAGCUAAACGAAUGAUAAAUGAAAUCUUCUGUUUGGUAGAAGAACUAUCUGACGAAAUGAAG